AGCAACCCCUUGCUUCAGGUUAAGGGAAGAGCAAGGUGACUAUUACGGACUUAAAGGGGACUUUGUUUGGGACAUCUGAGAAAGAGGAAGGGUCCAGGAUUUGCCUUUGGGCUUGGAUUGCCGAAUCUAAAUAGCAGGCGCAGCCUGCCAAGACGAUGACAGUCACUUACUCCAGCAAAGUAGCAAAUGCCACUUUCUUUGGAUUUCACAGAUUACUCCUAAAGUGGAAAGGCAGCAUCUACAAAUUGCUGUACAGAGAAUUUAUUGUUUUUGCUACUCUUUACACAGCGAUAAGUGUAUUAUACAGAUUUUUUCUUACAGGUAGCCAAAAACGGUUCUUUGAGAAAUUAUCGAUUUACUGUGACAAAUAUGCUGAACAAAUCCCAGUAACUUUUGUGCUUGGUUUCUACGUUACUUUGGUGGUGAAUCGCUGGUGGAACCAGUUUGUGAACUUGCCGUGGCCAGAUCGUCUGAUGUUCCUCAUCUCUAGCUGUGUCCAGGGCAGAGAUGAAUAUGGGCGCUUGUUAAGGAGGACUCUCAUGCGUUAUGUGAAUUUGACAUCUCUGCUGAUCUUUCGCUCCGUGAGCACAGCCGUGUACAAAAGGUUCCCCACCAUGGACCACGUGGUAGGAGCAGGUUUUAUGACAAGAUAUGAAAGAAAAAUUUUUGAUGACCUUAAGUCUCCCCACCUUAAAUACUGGGUUCCAUUUGUAUGGUUUGGAAAUUUGGCAUCGAAGGCACGAAAAGAGGGAAGAAUUCGAGACAGUGUAGAUCUGCAGACACUGAUGAACGAGAUGAAUAAGUACCGGUCUUGGUGUAGUCUUUUGUUUGGUUAUGACUGGGUUGGAAUUCCACUGGUCUACACUCAGGUUGUUACUCUCGCAGUCUAUACUUUUUUCUUUGCCUGCCUGAUAGGGCGCCAAUUUUUGGAUACUGACCAAGGGUAUCAGGGACAUGACUUAGAUCUUUACAUUCCAAUCUUCACACUGUUACAGUUCUUCUUCUACGCAGGAUGGCUCAAGGUCGCUGAACAACUUAUCAAUCCAUUUGGAGAAGAUGAUGAUGAUUUUGAAACUAACUGGUGCAUCGAUAGAAAUUUACAGGUCUCACUUCUGGCGGUGGAUGAGAUGCACAUGAACUUACCAAGGCUGGAGAAAGAUAUUUAUUGGAACGAUUCCUCUGCCCGGCCGCCCUACACAAAAGCAGCUGCUGAUUACUGUAUUCCUUCGUUCCUUGGAUCGACUAUUGAAAUGGGGUUGGCUGAUACCGAAUUCCUCUACGGGGAGGAGUGGCCCUGGGAAGAGGAGAAACACCGACGACAGCACUCAGUGCUGAGAAGAGUCAAGAGAUUUCUCAGCGUCCAUGAGGGCCCUUCGUCCCCGGCUCACCGGCGCUACAGUCGGCAGACAAGUGAGAAUUCCGUGUUUUUCCCAGCAGAUGAAAAGGGGCACAUCAGACGGUUGCAGGAAAUGCACACAAGAGGGAGACACUCUACUUCCAGCUUCAAGAAGAAACAUGAAGGAGUUGAUAGAGGUAACAGACUUCAUAGUAGCAGAGAUCUAGGACCCAUAACUGAAACCUCAAGGAACGAGGCACAGUUUGGUGACAGUGACACCUCAUCCGAGACAAACAAGCCAGUUCCUGAGGUCAUUGUCUCUGAAGCUGAGGAGAAAGCACUGCCUGUGCUGGGCAAACCAGAUCUGCAAGCAGAGCACACUGCAAGCAUGCCAGAAGAAAAGCUCCAAAGGAGACUAACUGAGGCAAAUGUGACUCUUCUGGACCAUCCUUUUUUCCCCCCAGAAAUGACUACAUACCUCACAGGCUCUGAGGUGCAUCAGUCACUUCCCACUGUGAUAGGGGAGCCCAAACAUGAACCCCAUAGUAGUAACAUAGCUGGUUUCAUAACAGAUCAUGAGAAAAACCUUCAGCGAUGGAGUUUACCAAGCUUCCACAGUCAUGCUACAGCGUCAAAUGCUGACGCUGCACCGCCUUUAACAGAUUCUGGGACAACUUCACAACAAAGGACCUUUAGUGAUGGAAAAAAUGUUACUGCUGCUGCUGCUGCUCCAGAGACGUUUGAGAUGCAGCACUUAUGGGAAAACCUGGAUAGUAAAGAAACAGCCAUAGUAGAAUUUUCUAAUGAGAAAAGUGAAAGAAAACUUUGA